AAAAAGGGAAAGUUGGUUUUUCAACGUUUAUAAGUUUAUGCUUUCCAUUAGGGUGUAAUAUCUCAGCCCCAGAGGUUUUCUCACCAAACCUCUUCCUCUAGAAACAUCAUCAACCUCUAUAUAGGAACCGUGUGGUGGAAGAGAAGGAGAAGGAAAAGGAGAGAGAGAAAAGAUCAUCAGAAGUUAUGUCAACAACUUCUCAUUCCAUUGUUCAUCACAGCUUAUUCGAGGAGCAGGAUCAGAUUCCUUCACAGAUGGGUUUCUUCCCCUUUCCAACAAACCUUACCUUCCCUCCUUUGGGUUGCCAUCAAUCCUCUUUGAAAGCCUUCAGCUCCGUAGCACCUGCUUCACUUGCCAUAUCUCAACAAGACUCUGCAUCAAAUCUCACAGAAACCCUAUUCUCAACCACUGCUCAAAAGUCAAGAGAAGACCUCAAUUCUACCACCUUUGGAGGAGCUCAAUUCCUAUCCUUGCAAAGAUCGAGUGUAAAUCCAUGGGCACCGGGAGAAGUGACUGAUUGCUUCAGCACAAAAAGAAGUGGAUUUGAUGAUCAUCAUCUCGGAAUUUCAGCCAUGAAGAUGAAGAAAAUGAAGGCAAGAAGGAAGGUGAGAGAGCCUAGGUUUUGCUUCAAGACCAUGAGCGAUGUGGAUGUAUUGGACGAUGGCUACAAGUGGAGGAAGUACGGACAGAAAGUUGUUAAGAACACGCAGCACCCCAGAAGCUAUUACCGUUGCACACAAGAUAAUUGUCGAGUGAAGAAACGCGUGGAACGCUUAGCCGAGGAUCCAAGGAUGGUGAUAACCACAUAUGAAGGGAGACAUGCUCACUCUCCAUCAAGUGAUCUUGAAGACUCUCAAACCCUAUCUCAACUUGGCAACUUCUUAUGGUAGACUACGGCAACAUAGUAUUUAUAUAUAUGAAAUGUAUAUUGUAUAUUUGAUUGAGGGUGUGCUUUGUAGAGAUGAAAACUGAAUAAGUAUAGAGGAAGGAGUAAAAUGUGUUUAUAAAAUGCAUGAUCUUCUCCAUCCACAACUCACGCGUUUUCACCACUUCCAAGCACACCAUUAAGAGUGUCGUUGAUUUUUCUAGUUUUAUAUAUAGCUUGUGUCUUGAUGUACUGAUUAUUAAAACUGAUUAAGAUACUAGUGACAUUUGUACUUUGCCCUA